AUGGUGCGUUAUUCGGGGCUUCAGAAGGAAGUCUUUGCAUUGUAUCGACAAUGUCUUCGAGUCAGCAGGAAAAAACCAGAAAGCUCAAGGGCACAUUUCGAAUCCUACGCGAGAAAUGAAUUCAAGAAAAGCAUCGGCCUCGACAAGAAAGAUUUUGGUGCAAUUGAGUACCUAUUACGAAAAGGCCGCAGACAAGUCGAAAUCCAAACUACCACUCCAAGUGCAGCAGAAGAAGUCCUACGUACGCCUUUGAGCGCCGCUUUGCAACAAGAGAGGAGGAAACAACGCCAGAUUGCUCGUAGUCGUAGUAAGAGCUCUCCGAGUUCGAUUGCCACAUCAUCUCGCAGGAAGGGCUAUGGAAGGAUGUCACGAAAUAUACAGUUUGUUGGGAAGCAGAAUUUACGAGUGCGUAAUGGUACCAGAAGUCCUUACCAGAAUCGCAAUGUUAUUGUAUCCUCGGAUGGAGCUGGCGUAUUUACGAAGCGACCGCCCUUCGACUCCACGCAAAGUACCGGCACUGUACUGGAUUUCGGAGAUACAGAUAUCCCAUGCGGCUCUCAACCGACUGGAACAGAACAUCACAAUCGAAAAGAUAUCCGCUUUGCCUCACGAGGUCCUGUUACCCGGAUUUCCAAGGCCGCCGAGAAGACGAGAAUUGCUAAGCGGCGUUCAGUAACACCGUCAAUCGGCAGACAAUCUCCUAGACAGCAAUCACCAGAUCGGACGCACACUCGAGCCUUUGACAAAAUCCAUCAACAAAAACCCCACAAACGUCCGCAGGUUGCUGAUUUAGGCCGGUCGUACGAUCCUCGGAUCGACCCUUGCGAGCACAUCGACUGUACACCUGCGGAUGAAUAUGUUUCUUUGGAAUCUGCACCAAAUUCGCAGGCACAAACUUCUGCCAUAAGCUCUGCAGAGUCAUCUCAGAAGACUGCGAAGGCACGAUUCAAUGACGCUACUCUGUGGGAGACCAUAGAUUCAACGAGAUUUCCGCCUGAUGAUGCGAGCAUCUCAACGCCAGUACCUUCCUCAGACGCUCCCACUUCGAAUGUAUCAUCUCGUAAUCGGAAACAAGCUAGGCAGCUUACAAGAUUUCAAAAACAGUUGGAGCUCCACUACAAGGCUGUCAGCUCCCUGCCAAAACAAUCCCUCGUUCUUUCUCCCUCUGCAACAACGAUAUCCGCAAAUACUGUCAAGGCAUUUCUACCCUACCACACUCAAUUCAAGUCCGCUGGCCUCGCUAUCACUUCUCACGAGCAACAAAGAAAAUCUCUACCGCCAAAACGCAAUUCCUACUCUCCAUGUAUAGAGAGUAUCGCAGAUAGAAAACAAAACGAAGUCGGGGGCAAUGAUGGCCAUGGCUCUUUUGUUUCAGGGACUACCGGCACUACAGGCACUACGAUACUCGGUUUUACACCUCCGCAUGAAAAGACAUAUGGAGUCUCGACCAAAGACCGUGCUCGCUCAUCGUCUGCGUCGGAUUAUACAGCUGUUGGCUUCACUCCACCCCACGAGAAGAUGAUAUCACGCCCUGUCUUCCAACAGAAUCGACAAGGUCCCAUAUCGUCAAAUCGAAACAAUAUUCCAUGGCUUCAAAGACAAGAUGUAUCUCCCAAACAAACACUUCCUCCGCCUAGAAUGAGUAAGACACAACCUAGCAGAUACAAGAAUUCAAGAUUCGGAGAGCCACCGGCAAGCUACCAAGGCCCGAAGAACAUGGCUGGCCUAGUACCUAUGACACAGCAAACAAAUGAAGUUGAGCAGAAUCCCUUGGAAUACAGUGAGGAUGAUCAGUCAUCUUCCACGGUUAAGGCUAUGUCCCAGCAGAUUAAUGAAAAAGCCACCCAGACCGAACCCGCCUCAAUGAAAUACGUAGACGCUCGCACCCAGACCGUAGAUGAGGAAUCGACGGACCAAAAAUACGAAGACUCUCUUACCUAUCUAUGCGGAUCAACCAACCCAGACAAGGACUCUUCGAACAAUACCGCCAGGCACACCAGAGUCCCGACCACAGAGAACGCUAAGGAUUUGGCGGCUACAGCCUUAAGCUGUACAUGGAAAAGAUCACGCCUACCAUGGGAACGUCCGAAGAGAACCGCAACACCCUGCCCAAUGGCCGCCAGCGAUCAUGGAGUUAAUGGGGACCCAUGUGAUUUACAACAAGACUCCGAAAAUCCAACUGAAGUCUGCUCUACCGUUUCUGAUGCGCAGAAUUGUGAAACACCCAUCAGCCAAUUAACUCCACGUCUACCUACGCUAGCUCCUGUCAAAUGUCUGGGUUGCGAAGUCUUAAUUAAUAAAAAUGAGAACCUCGACGGGCCAACAGGGCAAGCUCAAUCAAACUCGAUUUCGGAAGAUGCCAACGCCCAGCCACAUAUCGAGCAGGCACAUUCGCUCUGUCAGCAGUGUUCUCAGUCAGUUUAUACAGCGUAUGUGGUUACCCCUAGUCGAAAGCCUACUUCGCCACCCAGACAUUCACACUCCCACACCCAUGGUGUGCAUGAUCGGUCGGCGCAGCCACAAGAGGCGGCGUUUCGUAACAUGGAUGAUGAGGAAGUUGCUGAUGCAACAUCUAAUUCUCACGUACACAAGUCCAAACACCGAAGGAGAAAAUCUGAACAGCACAGUCGACACACAGAUCCAGUGAAACAGUCUUCUAUACCUCGAAUUGAUCCUAGCCUCAAUCUUCCUUCGCAGGAAAUUGAACAAUACGGGGAUUACGUUCAAUCUUCCUCGCAACCAAGGAAAGCUCGUCAUAUCCAUUGGCCGCAUUCGCAGCGUCAUGGUGCUCCAGCCCAACAAUCAAACGGCGCCGAGGCUGCUGCUGUUAGACACUACACAUCUUCUUCCAGGCCAAAGCAUCACACCAAGACUCAUGGUUCACACCAUAUGCAUCAUGCGCCUAACUCAGCUUCGUCACUUUCUAACCCCGCGCCGCAUAGAACUUCGAAGACCACAAACCAGAAAGUAUUUGACGGACUCCAGGUUGCAACGGCAGCCGCAUGCGACAAAGACCUGGAUGCAUGGCUUAUAGAGGUCAAUGGCACAGGAGUUCGCCAUUUCCUAGCCAAUCUCAGCAAGUUCGAACCACUUGGCGUUAACGCACUUUCAAACGUAGCGAAGAGGGCAGCGAGGGACAGACGAGAGCAACUGCUGGUCUGGGAGAAAGUAAGGGAGCAGAAUUUGAUGAAACAGGAGCAGGAACGGACUGAGAGACAUAUUCAUCGGGAUAAGCAUACUAAAUUGGGAUUGGAUAUGGAGACUGAUGGUCCGAAGGGUGCUGAGGAGGCGAGGUGGAUUUUGGAAGACUCAGGCUUGAAGAAGGAUGGGAAGGGGGGGUUUAGUUUGGGGAAAGAAGGCAUUGUUAGGGAUGAUUAG